UAUGUUAUCUUUAUUUUCAGAACCUCUGGUAGAAAAUCUUACAUGCGACACGGAACCCUUUAAGUUGAAUUGUGGUCAUGAUGGUCUGGCAGUCUUGACUUCUGCCACAUAUGGUAGAAGUUUACAUCCCAAUAGAUGUGAAACGAAAGCCGAUCACUGUAAAGAAGAUGUUCUAAAGCCGUUGGAUAACAAAUGUUCUGGAAGGAGAAAAUGUGAAAUACCUAAUUUGGCUAGUCACUUUAAGAACUAUUGCGGUGAGGGGGGAUUUCGUAAUGCUCUAACCGCAAAAUAUAAUUGUAUUCGAGAUCCUCUCGAUUUACAGUUUCAAAUUAAAACAUUAUGCGACAUUUAUAGUGACUCAAUUGAAAUUAAAAGUUUAUACGGGGUUAUUGCUAGCGAAUGGCUGAAAGAAACGGGAAAAUGCUCUGACGGUCAAAAAUCUAGAGCUAUAAGAAUAAUGGGAGAAGAGGGACAAAAAAUUAAUCUAACAUUGUGGGAUUUUACAAAAAAGGAUUCAAUCCAACCAUGUUCAAAACCUUACGGAAAAUACAAAGUCUUAGACUCUAAAGAAAUGAAUGAACAACAAAUUUGCAAUCGCUAUGAUCAGCGAACUGUCAAUAUUGGCUUAUUCGACGCUAACCAAGUUGAAAUAUAUUUACUAUAUAGGAAAGAUCACACAUUUUUAUUGGAAUAUCAAGUUGUUGGUUGUCCUCUGCCAAAAUUCGAUCGAAGAAAGCAAAGGGUAGAAGUAACAGGUCGAAUUGCCAAGAUUAUUUGCUUGCAAUCUGAAGAGGAAUGGUCUCUAACUUGUGAUAAUAACAAGUGGUUUGGAAGGUCCGGUAAUUGUAGUGAAACUGCUGCCGCCACUGGACUAUUCGAAUCAAUUCCAUCUGGUAUAUGGAUUGCGAUAAUACUCGGAGUAGCAGUCAUUCUGAGUGUGGCAAUAAUGACUUUUGGGGUCUAUAUUCUCAGAUGGCAAAGAAACCAAUAUUUAAAGCGACAACUGGUGCAAACUCUACAUACAGGAAACGCUCAAGACAAACACUCUUUUACAGAUGUCACUCACGAGCCGCCUUAUAACGCGAAUACAAAAACAUGUGAAAUUUGUACACAAUACUCUCGCCGCCCAUACGGUACAUAUAAACCAGAGCACAUCUACGAGAGUCCGCAUAAUCCCCACAAAGACGAAGGUCGACCCACAUAUUUUGAACUGGAUUCAACUUUACGCUCUAAGGCAGCAGAUAUAGCAAGAAUAUAA